UUCUGGGUCAAUUUCAAAGAUGGCGGACGAACAAAAUGUUUGUCGAGUUUCUUCUUUUGAGAAUGUCGGCGAGAUUUUGAGUCUUUUAUGGGGAGAAAACGUUAAGGAGGAUAUAUUUGAAAGAUGGUCUCAAGGUUUUAUCUUUUCUACGGAGGAACCAAGUGCUCUUAUUCAGGAACAAGGAGGACCUUGUGCUAUUAUAGCAUCUGUCCAGGCAUAUAUUUUAAAAAAUAUUCUAUUUGUAGAAGAAACGCAAGCUCCUGAUAACUGGAGGCAAUUAACAGAUGAGCAAGCAAGACAAUUUCUUGUUUGCUCUCUUUGUGAGAUGCUUAGCAAUGUCAAAUCUGAGACAUUUACGCUGGUGUUUCUCAGGGAUCACUUAGUCUUCACGUCAUGCAUGGCAGCUGAAAGAACGGACACAGAAAACACAGAGGAACACGCUUCAUCCAACAGCCCAGAUUCAAGUUCUCCUGAUUAUCACAAGUCAGUCUGCGCUCAAGAGCUUACUUCACUGUCUAGUGAAAUGUUUCAUUCAAAACUUUGUGAGGUUCAGUGUUGUACUCCUGAAGAUGUCAAUCAAGUUAUUAACAAGAAUAUAGCCAUGUUAGAAGGACGGUUUGGUGUUCUCUUAUUUCUCUAUUCAAUAUUAUUAACCAAGGGUUUAGAAACUAUCAAAUUAGAGAUGGAAGAUGUUGGUGAACCUCUAGUGGAUGUAAAUUUUGGGCAUGGAAGUCAAACUCUGAUCAACCUGAUGUUAACUGGAUACAGUGUUUCAAAUGUGUGGGACUCAUCAAAAACACUCUCAGGCUUGGAGCUCAGGGGUAUUCCUAAACAGUCUUCUAUAGGAUUUUUAACACUUUUAGAAGCUCACAGAUACUGUGAAGUAGGCAACUUUCUAAAAUCUCCUAUGUUUCCAAUAUGGCUUCUUGCCAGUGAAACCCAUCUUACAGUAUUUUUCUCUCAGGAAAGAAGCCUAACAGGAUCCGAAAGUGAAAGAGAAAAGGGACUGAGAGUUUUUAAAUCCCACGACCAACAGGACAAUGGCUUCAUAGCAAGUGAUCAGCUUGGAGAUGUUUUAGAAGAUCUUGGACUUGUCUCUGAUCCAGAAUAUGUAUCCUUUAUGAAGGAACAUCUAGAUCAAGAUUCUAUGGGAAUAAUUCUUCUGCAGAACUUUCUGAAAGAGUUCUUUCCUGGGGAGGAUUCAUUUGCAGAUGAGGUUAAGCCAUUUAAAGCUUUCCAUUACAAUGGACUUGGCAUAAGAGAGGAAGAUGGAACUAAAAAAGUUAUGUAUACAGAAGUACUUGCUUCAAUAGAGCCAUCGGACUUCAGUCACAUAGCAGAACAACAGAUUGUAUCUUGUCUGAAGACCAAGUGGUCAGGAAUAUGGUUAGAAUGGCAGGGAAAACACAUACCAUCAUUAAAUUGAGGAGAGCUGGAACUACAUUUGGAAGAACUCUACCAUGAGACAAGUCACAUGUGUUAGCAUUUUCAGAAAUAAUAUUAUAUAAAAAUCAAUGUUGCAAGCAAGACAAACUGCUUCAUGACAGAUUAAUCACAUCACCUAUGCAAUGUAGUGCGCAAUACACAGUUACUUGUUAUAGUUGCACUUUUCUUUAAAUCUGGACGUCCACUUUAUACAGCACUGAGGUGGGUGCAAAGAGAGUUGUGUCCAAUACCCUGGUGCUACUAAAUUUUGCAGUCAGUCCAGUGGAUUCUGUCCCUCACUUGCUCAACAGGCUAAGUGCAGUUUCUUGGCAGAAUUCAAAGUAAAGAUUAAAGUAAUGUAAGACAUGGAAUUUUUGCGGCUAGUUGACAAUGACUUUUGGGCUAAUACAUCAUAGUCCUGUUACAGCAUGCCCAAAGGGGAAGCCAGAAAAUUGUUUUCUUUUGUACCCUGUACUGACACCUUGUUUUAUCAUAUAAAAACAAUUGUUUUACUGGAAACUACACCACUUGUAAAAUUCAUAUGAAACUACAUUCACGACCUGUGUGGAAUAUUUUCCAUGUCCUCAUUAGUGAUAUUAUUCCCCACCUUUUUGCGGUUGUUUGCACAAAGGAUCAGUUUUUCCAAAUAAUAAAAGGAAAAUUACAUGGUGGCCUGAAGAUCUGGUUUUUAUUUUCUCAUGUUAAAAUUUAAAA